AUGUCAGAUAAACCGAGUAGAAGAGGCAAGACGAACAUCAAGAACUCAGACGGUCAUAUUGUCGAUUUGUUAACAAAUACAGUAGGAAGUCAUAGUAAUCAAGAAGUUUCAACAUCAAAUAUGAACAUGUCGAAUCAAGGAUACUCGGUAAACCUCAUAAUCGAUCCAAAUCAAUCUUUGAAAUCAAUCCAAGGAGAUCAACCUAACGAUCUCGGAAUAGAUUCAAGUGUUUCGAACUUAGAGAACUCGGGUAAAACCAAGAGUUCUGGUUCUGGUCAAACCCAAGAGGAUUCUACUAUCGAAGUAGAUCCUGGGAGUAAAGUUCAAGAUAAUGUGUCAAAGAAAUUAUCGAACAAUCAAGUUUCAAUAAUCUCGAAUAAGGAAGGUGACGAAGUACAAGAGAACUUGAUUGCUAAAGAUAAGAUACAACCAAAGGAUCUCGUAAAUGCCAAUUACUUAUCUAUCCUGGGGGAUAAACCUCAAUCAGGAAAUCAUGGAAUUUCGAUAACUAUAAAUUCGGAUGAAGAAGAUUUCAACAAUAAUGUAGAUCUGACGAAUAAAGACUCAGUUUUUGCUAAAGCAAUGGAAUUAUCAGUUAAAGGAAAUGGUCUAGAGGCUGCAAAACCUUCAAAUAAAAGGGCGACUUCUGCAAAUCCAGUCUUAUCGGUCGAAAACAAGAAGAUUCCUGAUGGUGCAGUCUUCGAGAAUGAAGAACUACGAUACCCAAUUCCAUUAACAAUCUUCGAUAAAGAUUGGCAGAACAAAGCGAUGACAUGCCAUGUGAAGAAGAAAUCAAAAUCAAGUGACGGAGAUAAAUCAGACUCAUCAUACAAUGGACUACCUUAUGCCGACGAAUGGUUGUUAGAUUACGGUGAAUGGAGCAUCUAUUAUAAUGCAUUCAUAUCAGCAGUCUCAAAAUUUCCAAAAUUUACUGAAUGGACGAUUGCUCACAAAGUAAACGUUGAAAAGUGA